GACAGGCAAAAAAAAAAAGAAUAUAUAUAAUUAUUUAUUUGUUAAGGAUACAAAAUGGAAUGCAGAUUACAGAAAUCACUUAAAUUAACUUACAGGUUUUGCUCUUCUUUGAAUUCAUCUUUACCAUCUUUUCAUUUUUGUGUAACUCCUCAUAGUUUCCACUUUGGCUUUGGUUUUGGUGGUGGAGGUGAACGAGGGAGAAAGGUCUGUCCCAUUGCCCUGCCAGUACUCAGGUGUUAUGCCUGAGAUUAAUCCCACAGUGAUCUGGAAUCGCAAUGAUUUUGACCCAAAAUCUGUCCACAUACGACGAGAAGGAGGAGAUGAUCUCAGAGGACAAAACCAGCGCUACAGUGGGCGCACAUCGAUGAGGCCUGAUGCUCUGGAUACUUUAGACUUCACCCUCACUCUAAGGAAACCAGAACUGACUGACAGUGGCAACUACACCUGCUCCAUCAGUGAUGGGAGAAGAGAACGGAGACUGAGAGAUGUACAGCUGCAGGUCAAAGGCUUGAUCCUGUCCAUCAUCUGUCCAGACCAGCUUUUGGUUUGUAAUUAACUGCAUGCUAAAAGGGCAGUUCCUACUGUACAUCACUAUCAUCACCUAAUGAAACAGUAAUGGUACAAGGGGACUAACUGACUAACUAGCCAAAUUAAUUUUUUUCUGCUAUGCAUCACAAGACUCAUAAUUAUAUGCACAAUCCAUUUCAUGUUAAAUUUUACUUUAUGUAUGUUAUCCAUAAAGCAAGUGAAGCUGCACUGAAGUUGUCAGUUUUGUGCUAAAGAUAAAUUACAAUAUCCACCAAUUGCCCCUGAGCAAACACAGAUCCCAGAGUAUAUCACCACUUUCAUUUUUACUGCUACUGCUUCUACAGCAUUAUGAUUUGGUUGUUUAUUGUCCUCUCAGACCACUAGAUAGAGGUGAAUGUGGAGAAGGACUCAGACUCUGUCAUACUGCCUUGCAAAACAAAACCUGACCUGCCUGAGGACACCACAGUGGAGUGGACUCACUCUGAUACUGAACUCAUGAUAGUCCAUGUAUAUUCAAACAGAAGUGACCAACUUAAAAAACAGGAUGGACUUUACAGAGACCGAACAAAGAUGAAUGAAGACCUGCUGAGAACUGGAGACCUCAGUCUGACCCUGAAAUACCCCACAGAGAGAGACAGUGGAGGAUACAUCUGCACCAUCUACAGAGACAAAGACAUCCUGAGACAGAAAGUAGUGCUGCAGGUCAAAGAACCAUUUCCAUCCUGGGCCAAAGCGCUCCUCAUUCUCCUUGUUCUGGUUCUGGUUCUUGGGGGUGUUUUAUUUCUUUUCCGACACAUUUUCAGAAAAGUCUUCUUCGUUCUCCAGGUUGAGGUGGAGUCAGGGGCUGAGUCUGUCCUGCUGCCCUGCAAAACCACAUUUGAUUUACCUGAAGAUGUUAAAGUGGAAUGGACAGAUAGAGACAACAGGACGAUUCAUGUGUAUCAUAGUGGCUCUGACCAGCCUGAUGAACAGGACUGGCUUUUCAAAGACCGAACAAGGAUGAAUGAAGACACGCUGAAAACUGGAGACCUCAGUUUGACUGUGAACUACCCCAUACAGUGGAACAGAGACAUCUGCACCUGCACCGUCUACAGCAGCGAGGGAAGCAUCCUGAUGAAGAAGCGAGUGGAGCUGAAAGUCAGAGAUUGUCAGGUGGAGGUGGAGGAAGGGGUGGAUUCUGUCCAGCUACCCUUCGAAACCACUGGUGAUCUACCUGGUGACACUAAAGUGGAGUGGAGACGCACUGAACCCAAAACACUUAUGACUGUCCAUAUUUAUCAGAAUGGAUCUGACCAGCCUGAAGAACAGAACCAGGAUUACAGAGACCGAACAAAGAUGAAUGAAGACCUGCUGAAAACUGGAGACCUCAGUCUGACCCUGAAACACCCCACAGAUGGAGACAGUGGGAGAUACAGAUGUGGAGCUUACAGACGGGAGAGCAACAUGUGGAGGGAGAAAACAGUGCUACUUAGGGUCAAAGGAGAGUUCAAAUCGGGAAUCAAAGAGGGGAGAUCCAGCUCAGCUGAUGCAACUCAUCUGAUAGCUGAUCAAUCAGUUUGAUGCAUGACUGAUUUGAUCAAUAAUCUAACAAUAAGUGAUGAAGCGAGGAGGACAUACUGAAUGUUAUUUAUGUCAAAACCAAGACUAAAAGUGCUAGAUGAAAAAGUUACUUUAACAAUGAAAGAGAUUGUGAUGUACACAGAUAAAGCAGUUUGGUGUGUUCUCCUUUUCUGUGCUUUGAUUGGCUGUUUGUGUCUGUGUUGUCACUUGUCCUGACAACAUCCCACUGGACAAACAACAUCUGCAGCUG